GCCCCCGCAUCCGUCGCCCAGAACUCAGCCGCCACGGUUUUCAGCCUCCUCUCCGUCGAAACCUACCGCCCAAUCAUCGGAUCCAAGAAAGCCCUAAUCUCGGGUCUGAUUGCCCUCAUCCGCGUUCCGAAUCAAGACGCGCGAACGGUGAAGGACGCGCUCAAGGCUCUGUUCGGCAUGGCGCUGUAUCCCAUGAAUCGGGCUAAGAUGGUGGAAUUAGGCGCCGUUCCGGCGCUGUUCUCGCUUGUGAUGAAGGAGGAGAGGUCGGGAGUGUUGGAGGAUGCGACGGCGGUGAUAGCGCAGGUGGCGGGCUGUUACGAGAGCUUCGAGGCCUUUCGAAAGGCGGCGGGAUUUAGGGCUCUGGUGGAUUUGAUGGAUAAGAUGACGGGGGGGAAGGGAAGGGUGAGGGAGAACGCGGCCGCUGCGUUGCUUAAUCUGGCGAUGAGCGGAGGAGAGGCGGCGGUGGGAGAGAUAUGGGAGGUGGAGGAUGCGGAGGAGGUGAUUAGAGAGCUUGCCGAAGCGGGGAUUAGUUCGAGGGCGAAGAGUAAGGCGGAGGCGUUGCUUAGGGUUUUGGGAAGCGAGCGGAGGUGCCGGCGAGGGGAGAGAUGGGUUAGGGAUUUGGAGUCGGCGUCGGUGUCGGAGUCGGAGUCGGAGUCGUAUUUCUUUUCCGGUGAUUCUGGUGGUUGUAGUUAUUAGGGCUUGCCCCAUUUAGAUCUUCCCCAUAGAUCAUUUACAUUUUGCGAGGCGACCUCAAUUUACCCCAACUUAGGGCAGAAAGAUGAAAUUUGUAUUUUCCUUCGACUGUAAAAAGAU